AUGGCCACGGACGAGACGCUGAAGCCCUACCAGUCGGAGUACAUCGAAAAUGCCCUGAAGUGGGAUAUCCUCCGCUUCGGUGGUCCCUUCACUCUCAAGUCGGGCCGCAAGUCGCCCUACUUCUUCAAUGCUGGCCUGUUCAACUCUGGCAUGAAGCUGCAGAUGGUGGCCGAGUGCUACGCCAACCGCAUUGUCGACAGCGGUGUUGAGUUCGACGUGCUCUUUGGUCCUGCGUACAAAGGUAUCCCCCUUGUCGCUGCGACCGCGCUGGCGCUUGCCAAGAACCACGGCCGCGAUGUGUCGUUUUGUUUCAACCGUAAGGAGGCCAAGACGCACGGCGAAGGUGGUAACCUUGUCGGAGCUCCUCUCAAAGGCCGCGUGCUUGUCGUCGACGACGUGAUCACGGCCGGCACGGCGAUUAACGAGGCGGUCGACAUCAUCAACGCGCAGCCUGAUGCGAAGCUCGAGGGCGUCGUUAUCGCGCUGGACCGGCAGGAGCGUGCUACCGAGGACAGCCCGGAGAGCGCGAUCAUGCAGGUGGAGAAGCGCCUGGGUGUCAAGGUGUACAGUGUGGUGACGCUCGGCCAGAUCAUCAAGCACAUGGAAGUGACGCGCGGUGAUGAGGCUCGCAAGGACAUCGAUAGCAUGCGCGAGUACCGUGAGCGGUACGGCUGCAGCGCCUAA